AUGUCUCAGUAUGAACACACCUCACUAUGGUGGCCCGAGGAGCGCAUCAAAUCUACCCUCGACGCAAAGUAUAUCGUCGGUCGUCUGCGACCAGAGAAUAUCCCCCGCCUCUUUGAACUACCGGACUGGGGCGAAGGUUUGACCAGCGAGACGUAUAUGGAAUGGAUCCUCACAAAAGCCGGCCGUGUCUUUAUGAUCCUCGAUGCUAUCGGCAUUCCCGAUCGGAUCUUCGCGCUAGUCGACGAAUCGUGCGAUGAUGAUGAUCUACCCAUCGCAGAGCAUAGUGUCGAUUUACUACACCUAUCCCCCGAUGGGGAAGACCUCGCCCUUGAGGCGAGUUUCUUUCAUGCGCAAUGGCGAUUCUUGGUGCGUGGUAUAGCGGAGGGAGAGCAUGUCGUCUAUACCGAAAAUGAAGGCGUCCCGGUUGAGGCGGUGCGCACCAACACCAGCAGCGGAAUACACGGACGUGAUGAUACGGUAGACAGGGUAGUCCUCGCCGGCUCGGUCUGUCGAGUCUACAUGCGAACCCAAGUGCAAAUCGGCGGUGCACCAUAUUUCUUCUCGUCUGAAGAGGUUCUCGAUGAGAUCCGCAACCUGAAAACACUGUCGCACGAGCAUAUUGUCUCCGUCUACGCCUCAUAUCUGAAAGACGAUAGUGUCUCGGUGCUGUUCACCGGCGCCACGGCAGAUCGAAACCUAUACAGCUUCCUCACAGACGAGCCGAUGUCUUUCAAACGGCUAGAUAAAGAACAACGCCGCCAGAUCUUGAUCACCUGGCCCCAUUGCUUGGCAUCUGCAGUCUCCUGGCUGCACGCACGCGGCCACUCCCACGGCGCAAUCCGCCCAUCCAACAUCUUCAUCGACGCAAACUUUCAUAUCUGCCUCGGUCAAUUUCAAGCACUCGACUCUCUUCUAACUCCACCACAUGUCAACGACCUCGAGGCAUACAACUACUCUGCACCAGAGCGCUGGACUCGUCCGGCAGCUCCUGUCAUCCAGCACAAGCCAGCACAGCCAGCACAAACACUACUUCCCUCGGGAGGACGUACAAAGCGCAGACAACGGCCAACCCGUCUAGCUCUAACCCCAUUGAACGAAAGCCCACCUGCUUCUCCAGACUACGCAAGACCAAACUCAGCCGCCUCGAAAGGAACAGUCAUCCGCAUUGGUCUACCAAACUCACCAUCCCGUUUCUCCUUCACCUUCUCAUCCUCCUCUUCCUCUUCAGCCUCCUCAGCAGCCUCUUCCACCCACACAGACGCAACUGCCACAUCACCACAACAAAAGAAACACCGCAUCUCAUCUUUCUGGUCCCGCAGAACAAAGAAUUUUCCCUCAACCCCAUCAAUAAUCUCAACCUCCACAUCCUCCUCUUCAAACACAUCAACCCUAACAUCCCCCUCAAGCACCCUCUUCCCCCCAUCCCAAACCACAAACCCACCUUCCUCCCUCCGCCACUCCAAAUCCGCCCAAUCCCUAACCCCGUCCUUCACAAGACCCCCACCCUCCUCCCAUUCCUCCACUCAACCCGACUCCCAACCCCCAAACCCCCACUCCCCAGCAGACAUAUUCUCCCUCGCAGCAACAACGCUAGACAUCCUAACAACCCUGCACAAACGAACCCUCCCUUCCUUCAGCGCCCACCGCAGCGCCCGGAACCGGUCCGCCGGACGCGGCGGCGGAAUAGCAGAUGCAUCUUUCCAUCUCGCGCGGAAUGCCGUUCAGGUCCAGUCGUGGAUUGCAUUGCUGGAGGGCGAUGCUUUGAAACGGUGUCGACGGGAUCGACGCUCUGAUCGUGCUUUCUGGGCUGUGCCGAAGAUGUUGAUUGUUGUGCGUUCUAUGCUUGAUUUUGAGGGCGCGAAGAGGCCGCUUGCGAAGAGGGUGAGGAGGGGCUUUGCGGAUGCUAUUACUAGAGGUAGGGGAGGGGGGAAUGGGGAUGGGAUGGGGGUUUUGCAUUGUGGGAAGGAGAAACGGGGGAAGCAGGAGGGAGAGAAAGAGAAGGAUGGGAAUGGGGGGUUGGAGGUUGUUCGGGAGAUGGGGGGUGGGAGGAGUGCAGUUUCUCUUGUGUCUUCAGCUCCGGUGGAAGUUUCGGAGUCGGGAUCGGUUUGCGGGUCGGUUUCGGAGUUUUAUUUUGGGUUUGGGGAUGCUGGGAGUGGGAGUGAGAGUGAGAGUAAUGUUGAGGAUGGAGAUUUUGAUCUCGAUAUUGAGGAAGAAGAUGUUUCGGAGUUUGAAGAGCCUGAGAUACGCGUGGAGCAGGCCUUGCCUCAGCUGUAUCUGCCAGAGUUGGAUAUGAACAUUACUGGGAUAGAAGGGAUGACGUUUAAUAAUUAG